UAUGGUCUGAUAUCCCACACGGGAACGCGGCGGAGGAAUCGCGAACUACUUCUUCCAACGCCACAACGCUCAGCCUAUUUUUGCCGCCAGAUGCGCCUGCAAUUGCAAAUUCAAUUCCAAUAAGGAGACUACCAGUCGCAGUCCCCAACCGGAUGAACAAACUCUUCUCUUCUUCAAUGCUUUCUGCCGAUCGACGACACGAGGACAACAGAUAAAAGAAAAAGGGAUAAUCCAUCUAAUUCUAAUUUGAAAGAAAAUUCCCAAAGUUAAAAGGCUAACCCAGAUGUCUCCUUGUUGAUAAUCUAUCUAACCAUGUUCCGUCUAUGCACCAGAACCAGUCGUCCCCUCCGCUUCUCCUUUCGCCGCUUCAUCUCCUCUUCAAUUUCUCGCCAUCCUGAAAAUCCCACCGAAUACCCAAAAGAUCUCAAAAAUACCCAACAUGUCUCCACACCUCCUUCUCCCCCUCCAAUCCUUCAUCAACCCUACCCACUCUCUCCUGUUCCAUCCUCUUCCUUCUCUCGUAAAUCCAUCUUUGCUCUUUCCGCAACCCUACUUUCCGCCAUUAUUGCCUCCGCCGCUCUCGUCUCCUCCAACGACGAUCGCUUCAAGCAUAAAAUCGACGAUCUCUAUGCCGAACUCGAACACUCGGUCCUGCGAUCCAACGAGUCCCUCAAGAAGCUCGUCAACAAGAUGAAACAGACCGGCGUUGCCGCCUCUGUUCUUUGGAAGUCCUUGAGCUCCGUCUUGUCGUCCGCGAACCACGAGGUUCGCUCCGGUUUUGAACUUAGGGUUGCGGCGCUUCUCGCUGACAUCGCUGCCGCCAAUGAGAACCGACGGGCUGCGAUUGUGGGUGCCGGUGGCGGAGCUGUGGUGGAUUGGCUUCUCGAGACGGUUGCUUCGUCGGGAGAUAAUUGCGCUACACAGGCUGAGUCUGCGAGGGCGCUUGCACACUUGGUUGCUGAUCCGAACGUGUGCGAGGCUGUGCUUGGGCGUCCUCACGCUGUUCCCAAUCUUCUAAGAUUUAUAUUCUCGUUUCAACCACAACGCUCCAAGAAGCAAACUAGUCGAARUUCCUUCGAUGUUUCUGAUGCUUUGAAAGGUAGAAGCAUGCUUGUUGCUGCCAUCAUGGAUAUUGUGACUUCCAACUGUGAUAGCCUAGACAAAAUGUCAUUCCAGCCAUCCCUGCCAGGAAAUGCCGAUAUGAGAGAUAUUGCAGCAGCCAUUGAAGUUAUUGAGGAAGGUGGCAUGCAUUUCGAUGAGACUCAUGGAAAUGAUGAUAAUGAUGAUGAUGGUGAAAAAGGAAUUCGUGGCAUUGGAAUAAAAAUUCUUGGUGGUACAACUGUCUUGGGGCUUUCAAGAAUAGAUGGAUCUGCUACCAAUCAUCAAGAACCAGUUAGUCAUAUCCCUAGAAGGCAUACAUUGCAACAGAAUUACAGCAGUUCAGUUGUGCAUGGAAAUCUGUCCUAUGUUUCUGUUCCAGGCCUCUGGGAUGAUUUGCUGGGUCAACAUGUUGCUGUGCCUUUUGCUGCCUGGGCUUUAGCAAAUUGGGCAUUGGCAUCAGAACUUAAUCGAUCUCAUAUUCAAGAGCUUGAUCAAGAUGGGCAUGCUGUAAUGACAGCCUUGAUGGCACCUGAGAGAACUGUCAAAUGGCAUGGGAGUUUGGUGGCUCGGCUGCUGCUGGAGGACCGUAAUUUGCCCUUAAUUGAUUCUGUUCCUGAGUGGAGUUCCAGUCUUCUUUCUACUGUUUCUCAUGCAAGCAAAGCUGAAGACAUUCCUUUGGCUCGGGUGGCUUUAUCAGCUUUUCUUGUUUCUGUUGAGAGAUGUCCUGGUGCCCAGAAAGUUGUAAUGGAAAAGGGUCUUCCUCUGAUGAGAGAAGCUGCCAAAAAGACAGAAGGCCAUAAGCAUGUGCAAGAAGCAUUGGCAAAGGCUUUGGAAUUGCUUUGUACUGGGGACAUGCAUUUAUCACUUGAAGAAAGUCAAAAGUGGUCCAGUAUUCUUCUACCUUGGGUUUGCGGAAAAUCUUCCUCAGACACUAUAAGGUCUUCAGCUUCAAAAAUUCUUUCAUGCAUUCUUGAAGACUAUGGGCCAUUAUCAAUACCAAUAUCUCAAGGAUGGUUAGCUGUUUUGCUGACUGAGAUUCUAGGUUCCAGCAAAGUGACAUCAUUAAAAGGAAGUGCUCAACCUAAAAGCGACAAAGUGAAGACCCAAAUUGAUCAGUCCAAUACUCUUUUUGCCGCACAGACUGUGAAUCAGUUAUCUGGUGCUGUUGUUAAUCUAGCAGGAAAGCAGUUGGGAACAACCGUCGGUUMUGUUGAUGCAUUCCCACUGGCAGAUCUUCUUUCACUGGAACCAUUUUUGGGUCCAUUGAAGAGUAUGAAAAAAGAAAGUUUGUCAAAGUUUGAUGCUGCAGAUUCAGCAGUCGCUACACUGAAGGGCAUUAAAGCACUGACUGGACUUUGUGUGGAAGAUUCUAUAUGUCAAAAUGAAAUAGCUGAUAUGGGGAUCCUAUGUUUGCUGAGGCGCUUCUUGCUGCAGGAUGAUUAUGAACAACUGGGUGCAAAUGAAGCAUAUGAUGCAUCAAGGAUCCUUGAGUCACAGGAGCGAGGCUCAAAUAACCCUGGUGAAAAAUCUGCUUUAGAUGCUAACGAUCCUUCUAGUGUCCGAGUUCCUCCUACAGCUCAUAUUCGCAAACAUGCAGCUCGGCUGCUUACUAUCCUUUCUCUUCUUCCAAAGGUUCAGAAAGUCAUCAUAUCAGAUGAGACUUGGUGCAAAUGGCUUGAGGAUUGUGCUAAUGGGAAGAUCCCUGGUUGCAAUGACCUGAAAGUUCAAAGUUAUGCUAGGGCAACACUUUUAAAUAUAUUUUGCUCUGAGCAAACAGAGACUAAUUCUGUAAGUGACAAUACCCCUGAUAUGGGCACUGGGAACCAGAGGAAUGUGUGCCCCCGUUAUGAUGACAUGGUAUUUUUAAUCAAUCCUGAAUUGCCACACUGGAAGUGUCCUGAAAAAACUAAUUCAGAUGAUGCUCAAUGGAAAUCUCCACCUACACCAAAGCUGAAGUCUGUUAACAACCCAUCUCCCUCAUCUCCAAGUCAUGAUGCAGACGAUGUUAAUAUGUCUAAUUCUGUAAAUGGAUCCAGCAAGUUUUCUGAGUCAGAUGCUUCUUCACUGGAUGUUGUUUUUGUUCAUGGACUGCGUGGCGGACCUUUUAAGACUUGGCGCAUAGCUGAGGACAAGUCCUCAACAACUAGUAAAUCUGGUCUUGUAGAGAAAAUUGAUCAGGAGGCGGGGAAGCAAGGUACAUGUUGGCCAAGAGAAUGGCUUUCAGCUGACUUUCCUCGUGCUCGUCUUUUUACUGUUAAAUACAAGACAAAUUUGACUCAGUGGUCUGGAGCUAGCCUACCUCUUCAGGAAGUCAGCUCAAUGCUGCUAAAGAAGCUUGUUGCUGCAGGCAUUGGAAAUCGACCUGUCAUAUUUGUUACACACAGCAUGGGGGGCCUGGUUGUGAAACAAAUGCUGUACCAAGCCAAAGCAGAUAAUUACAAUAAGCUUGUUAGAAACACUAUUGGAGUUGUGUUCUAUAGCUGUCCACAUUUUGGCAGCAAACUUGCAGACAUGCCUUGGCGGAUGGGCCUUGUAUUUCGACCAGCUCCCACUAUAGGGGAGCUAAGGAGUGGAUCUCCAAGAUUAGUGGAGCUUAAUGACUUCAUUCGCCAUCUUCAUAACAAAGGGCUACUUGAGGUUCUUAGUUUCAGUGAGACCCAGGUAACACCAAUUGUGGAAGGUUAUGGAGGUUGGGCUUUCCGAAUGGAAAUUGUGCCAAUUGAAUCAGCAUAUCCUGGUUUUGGUGAACUCGUUGUACUAGAAUCAACGGAUCAUAUUAAUUCAUGCAAGCCAGUCAACCGCGGUGAUCCAUCUUAUGCAGAAACUUUAGAAUUCUUGAAGAAGCUGAAAGCCAACCAUACAUGAGUAUUGAUGUGUUUGGUAUAUAAUGAAGAAUUGAAGAUUCUUUUCCAUGAACGUUGUACAUAAACUGUUGCAUACAUGUAGACCUAACAUUGAGAGCCUGGGGUUACAACUUACAUCUGAGAAAAGAGCACUUGGAAAUGGGUAUUUUGAAGCAGUAACCUGAUUGUUGAUGUAAGACUGAAUUAGAUGUCACAGUGGCUCGAGUACUACCACAACAAUUUCAAUCAGUACCAGGAAACGUAGUAGAAAGAGAUAGAUAGCUGCUGCCAGUGCCAGGCCUCUCGAGUCUUGCCUUCUUCCUCCCCCACUCAUGGGUGGCUUUUGUAAAUUGUAAUUUAUGUAUUUUUGGUUCUUAUGAAUGGAAUGGUGGUUCCGGUUCAGCACUUGAGGUCGAGUUUUUAAAAGGUUUUAUUUAAAUGAUGUAAUUGUUGACAUUUAUACGACAAGGCUGAGUUGGAGCCAUCCAGCUUAAAAGAUGGAGUGGAACAACUCCAUGCUUUAAAUAAAGAUCUUUUUUUAAUAUA